AUGCCCAUCAAGAUUGUGUAUCUUGUUCACAUGUUGCUUCCUGUACGUCCGAUCCGCAGCCAGGACGAAGGAGCUAUUCUCUGCAACAGCCCCCUGCGAAGAGAAGACGGUGGUGUGAACCCAUCUUGUCCAUUCGUUGCAACAUUCGGUGCGGGAUUCGACAAGCGGAGAGAAGACGGUGGUGUGGGACGCGUCGGGAUUCGGGUCUCCGGGCGUAUCCUGCUUUCGUACAUCAAUGAGUUAAUUGAGUAUAUUCUUCUCACAAAAAAGGAUGAUAGAGAAUUAGAUGCUGGGAAGCCAUCUCAUGUUGCCAGCCAAAAUGAACAAACUGCUAUGGCAUCAGCACAUUGCAAAGAUAAACGAGAUCCUGGGGAACUAGUAGCUUCUGCUAACCAAGGGGAUCUGGCAAAUUUAGUUAGAAUUGAUGGCAGUGCUGAAGCUUCCUCAAGUAUGGCGAGUCAUGUCAAGUUAAUCUCCUCCCAAACAGAAUCAGUGCAUCAUCUGCCUUCACGUACUGCAGAGUGGGCCAGAGGAUUUGAAGCUGCAAGGGAGAGAAGAACUGAAGUUCUUGCUCCUGAAAAUCUUGAAAACCUCUGGACAAAGGGAAGAAAUUAUAAAGCCAAAAUUGAUGCUCAUGAUAACCCAGGACCUAGAGAAGCAAAACCACCAAUUAAGGCUGCUGGAAGUUCUAAUGUCACAGGCCAUGAAAGGAACCUGGAGAGGGAAAUGGGGAAAGAAGGAUCUCUGAAUGUGAAAAGCAGCAAACCUCAACUCAAGCGUUCAAAAAGUAGUUCAUUUAUUACUAAGAAUGAUGUGGGGAUUUGUGAAGCAUCUACCUCUUGAAUCAGUCAUGCUGUGACUUAUGAAGAGUCUAACUACAUGGAUUUGAGCAAGCCUCAUGAAGAAACAAAUCCAAAGAGCACCUCUGAACUAGUGUUUAAUAAGGAACAGUCAUCAUAUCUACCAAAGUUCAAGUG